AUGGCUGGCACACGAAAUUACGACUUUUUGAUCAAACUCCUGCUUAUCGGGGACUCGGGUGUGGGUAAAUCCUGCUGCCUGCUUCGAUUCAGUGAGGACUCGUUUACUCCAUCCUUCAUCACCACCAUCGGUAUCGAUUUCAAAAUCCGCACCAUAGAGCUGGAAGGCAAGCGGGUGAAACUCCAAAUAUGGGAUACAGCAGGCCAAGAGAGAUUCCGGACAAUUACAACGGCUUAUUAUCGCGGGGCGAUGGGAAUAUUACUCGUCUAUGAUGUUACGGAUGAACGAUCUUUCAACAAUAUUCGGACAUGGUUCUCCAACGUGGAACAACAUGCUUCUGAAGGCGUACACAAAAUGCUGAUUGGCAACAAGUGCGACUGGGAAGAAAAGAGGGCUGUCUCCACGGAGCAAGGCCAGCAGCUGGCAAAUGAGUUAGGCAUCCCAUUCCUAGAAGUUUCCGCUAAAAACAACAUCAACGUCGACAAAGCAUUUUAUACUCUAGCUUCGGAGAUAAAGAAAGUCAUGGACACAUCCAAGGCUGAGCAGUCGGCCUCGCAUAAUGUCAGUAUAGACCAGGGGAGCGGGUCUGGGGCAGGGUUGGCGAACAAGUGCUGUUGA